AUGAAGCUAGACAUAAUUGGGAUUAAGUCCAUGGAUAACUAUCGUUGGUUGUUUUACAAUUUGGCUACCAGGUCCAAGUUCUCAUCGAUUGAAGAUGACAUGAUUUCCAUACAUCAAGCUCAAGAUUGCCUUUCUCCCAAGAUUAAUGUGCCAAUUAAACCAGUUAUUGAAAAUGAAGACUUUGGGAGAUUUGAUGGCAACAUAAAAUCUGCUGGACGCAUCACCAUUCAAUCAUUCUGUGCUCCACAAUGUGAAUAUUCCAAUAUGGAAUGGGAAAUGCUUUCCUUUAUCAGAUCUUUGAAAAGCAUGGUUCGGUCUUCAAAUGCAGUUGCUGUUAUAACCUUUCCACCUUCCCUUGUUUCACCAUCCAUUGCAAAGAGAUGGCAGCAUUUGGCUGACACCUUACUAUCCGUCAGAGCAAUUCCAGAUGAGGACAAGGAGUUGGCAAACCUUCUCACUGGUUAUCAGGACAUGGUUGGCCUUCUCAAUGUGCACAAAGUGGCCCGUCUUAACACCCAGUUGGUUGAUUCAAACUUAUCCACAGGUUCCAGUUAUUUUGGAGGCAACAACAUUCUCAAUGAAGCUGAAAAAGUGGAGGUCAUUGGUUUUAGAAUGUCUAAAUCAAGCCCCCAUAGAAGGUUCAAGUGGGAGUUCUUAUGGCACGUCUGGUAG